CUUAAGCCUACAGGUUUCUGGGCCUGUUUCACUCCGGUGUGUACAUACCCAAUACCUCUAUGUACAUGUGUAUUGACAAAAUGUUUAAACGUCAGAGCUCCUGGUAUGAGGCGGAGUCCAAGUUCACACAACACUGACCUUCUGUCAACUGUCUCCUCGUGCUUUUUCGACGACAGAUUUUGCUAAAUUUGUACAGAAAUGACGAAAAGACAUUAAUCUGUAUGCUAGCUUGUACCCAAAUCAAGCCAUCUAUCACAGAGAUAGUGAAGAUUAAUCAACAACGAUAUUUGUCUGAUAAGUGAAGACGCACGUGAUUUCCUUCUAAAAGAUCUUACCUGGAUUUAUUGUGUUUCAUCUUCAAUUGCGAUAUCUCGCCUGUGUGUAUGCGUGCUACCUGUUUUCCCACUCCUUAAGCUUUUGGAAUUAUUUAGUGAAAUCAUUUCGGGAAUAAAGUUUCAAAUUAAAUUGGAGUUUGCAUCCUCAUAAGAUGUGACUCAUACAUAAGUACGAGGAUUUGUUGAGCAAACAUGCGACACGAGACGACCAAGUCCUGAUGAAGUCCCCUUGUAGAAUCGCCUUAGUUUUGAUCGUGGUCAUCCACAUCAUCAGUAAACCAACAUAUGUAGGCGCAAAUUUAGAGGAAGAUAGCGAUGAAACAGACGACCUAGACGAGGAGGAGGAUGUUGAAGAGGAAAGAGGUUGGGCGGCAGUGAGACAAACGCAAGAUGGAUUACAAUCUUCGCUUGCAACUGAGACGGCGGGUGAACUGGAAACGCCUACAACUUCUCCGGCAAGAUGGAGUUCAGCAUUGUCCACGGCGGUGUCAGACAGUACUUCCGGGAGUACAACGUCCACUCGUGGUUCUACGACGUCACUAUGGACAUCCCCAACUGUGCCAACCACGUGUACCCCUGUUUCCUGUCUGAACGGUGGAAGCUGCACUGAAGGCGCUGUAGGGAUACAGUGUUUUUGCCCGGAUCAGUUUACAGGUGUGUAUUGUGAGAGUCUGGUGGCCUGUCAGCCUGGAACGUGCGGGACAAACGUAGGGUGUGUCGACACACCCGUGGGACCAUACUGUAUGUGUCAGGGAGAUUUCAAGGGAGUCUUGUGUCAACAAAAUGACUUCCCUGUCCAAUGCUCAGGCUUCUACUGCACCGACUUUUCACGAUAUAUCGGCACAGGGGGCGGGGCCCAUCGCCUGUUUUCCCGCCAAUAG